CCUGUUUAGGUUAGGGGUCAGUUGUAGUUGAAGGCAGCUGCUGGAGUGAAAAUGGAGUUAGUGCAUGCUGUGUGUUUGUUGUUGCUGUUUUGUUCUGCCUGUAGUUCUUUUGAAAGUAGAUCUGAGGAUGGCCUAUUUUUGGAAGAUCCUGAAUUAGUGUGGGCGAGAAUGGAGACAAUGAUGAGUAAAGAAAUGACACCAGCCCCUGCACCUGAAACCAAAUUGUUGAGGAGUGCAUCAGGUAGUGGAUCGCCUGAAGCCAAAAAUGUUCCUCAGUAUCUGGCUGUCCCAGCCUCUCAGACCCUGAAACAGGUUUUCAAGCCAGAACAGGGUGCCAGAAGCCUCCCUAACUUGGCUAACGAAAUGUUACUUGUGACUGCUGCCCCUAUUCCGGCAAUUGGCGCAACAGCCGGGACAAAGUUGGUUGAAAUCCUGUGUCAUGUUGACAGAAUGUAUGUGAGAAUCAGGAGAGAGGUCUUUAAGACUCGUGACGCAUACAAAUACUUGACACUAGGCACCUGUCCUGUUAACAAAGGUACCAAAGAACAUUACUACCUUGAGUACCUUCUGAGAACUGAAUGUGGAUUUGAGAAAAAGAGUCAUCCAGAUUAUCUGUCCUUUAGCAAUGUGCUCCACUACAGGCCGACCGGUCCAGUUUUAAGGGAAAUGCCAUUUGAUAUUCCCCUGAACUGUAACUAUCCCAGGUUUUUCCACUCCUAUAAAGUUGGCUUCUAUCCUGAUCGAAUGGGUGCAGUUUUCAAACGACUCCAACCUAAAACUAGUUUCACCCUUACUCCUCAAGAUGGUAUGUUCCCAUAUUUUAAAUGCACUGUCACCCAGUAUUUUCAGCACAAGGCCUGUUAUAUGUUAGAUGUGCAACUUGGACAGAAGAGGGAGCGCUACAAAAUGUACAUUAUCCUUAGUUUUGUAACAUGGUGAGGUUAAUGUGGAUGA